GUUUCCUUCGUAAUUGUAUCCAGAGAUCCUGGAGGGGCGCCCACCAAUGUCCCUAAAGAAGGACUACAUUUCCCAAGAGGUCGCGGGAUUAAGCGCAGGCGUAACAGUUCCCUUGGGAGUCUCUGCGGCGAAGCUCAGCCUAUGAUUGGCUGGAGGGACAGUCCUGAUCGAGUUGUUCAUUGGCUGUUUCAGCUGCUGCGUCCGAUGCCGGAAGGAGGAGAAGGAGCAAAGCAUUAUGGCGACGACUGAGUCGGAGAGCGGGGAGGGAGUGCAGGAGAUGAUGGAGGUUGACAGAAGGAUUGAAUCUGAAGAGUCAGGAGAUGAUGAAGGGAAGAAGCAAACAGUUUGCAUCGUAACAGACCUCAGUCAACAGAGUUUAAGGGAUGAGCAGAAUGGAGAUAAUUCAACAGCUGAAGCAGAGACACCAGUGGAUAUGGAGACAAUUAACCUGGACCCAGAAGCGGAGGAUGUUGAUCUGAAUCACUUCCGAAUUGGGAAGAUUGAGGGUUUUGAGGUGCUCAAGAAAGUGAAGACUCUCUGUCUCCGUCAGAAUUUGAUUAAGUGCAUUGAGAACCUGGAACAGCUGCAAAGCCUCCGAGAGCUGGAUCUCUAUGACAAUCAGAUUCGGAAGAUUGAGAACUUGGAAGCCCUAACAGGUCUUGAGAUCCUGGAUAUUUCAUUUAAUAUUUUACGGCAUAUUGAAGGGCUAGAUCAGCUUACUCAGUUAAAGAAGCUCUUCCUGGUCAACAAUAAAAUCAGCAAAAUUGAAAACCUAAGCAACCUACAGCAGUUACAGAUGUUGGAACUGGGAUCUAAUCGGAUCAGAGCAAUUCAGAAUAUUGAUACUUUGACUAACCUGGACAGCCUCUUUCUGGGAAAGAACAAAAUCACCAAACUCCAGAACCUGGAUGCAUUAACAAACUUGACAGUGCUUAGCAUACAGAGCAAUCGGUUGACCAAGAUUGAAGGCUUGCAGAACCUGGUGAACCUGCGAGAGCUGUACCUCAGUCAUAACGGCAUAGAAGUCAUAGAGGGACUGGAAAACAAUAAUAAGCUUACAAUGCUGGACAUUGCAGCCAACAGGAUCAAGAAGAUUGAAAAUAUCACCCAUCUAACGGAACUCCAGGAAUUUUGGAUGAAUGACAACCUCAUUGAGAGCUGGAGCGACUUGGAUGAAUUGAAAGGAGCAAAGAAUUUGGAAACAGUCUACCUAGAGCGAAACCCCUUGCAGAAAGAUCCACAGUACCGACGCAAAAUUAUGCUGGCCCUUCCAUCUGUCCGGCAGAUUGAUGCUACUUUUGUCCGGUUCUGAAUCUCCUCCAGCUCCUUUUUUCUUUACCACCUUCUUUCUCAAAGUGUCACAGCUGAGACUUUUAUCCACACUGCACCCUCUGUCUUCAGUCCGUUGACACUUGAAGAGCAAACGGCCAACAAAGAGCACUGAAAUCAGACCUUGCAUAUAAUGCACACUAUUGUUUUUGAAUAUUAUUAUUAAUAUUAUUAUUAUUAUUAUUAAACCUUAACGUGUGAGAUUUCAUUGUUGUGACAGUGUCUGUUCCUGGUGGGCAGUCCAGCAGCAAGUUCAUCUUCUAAUGAGCAGCAUCUUCUGUCUGUAAAACAAUAGGUAUCUCUUAAAAAUUACAAAUUCACUGAUCCCCUAAGCCGCUUCCUACUCACUGACAGUAACAAUAGAUCUGUACAGAAUAGCAGUACAGAAUAGCAGCAGAGCUUUUCUGAGCACUGAAAUAAAGUAUCAAACAUGGUGGAGGUAGUAAAUACCUUUAUCAGAGAGCAAAAUAAGCCUUUAUUCUGUCCCCUUUCCUAAGCAAAGCACAGGUAAGGCGUCGGUCACUGUCAAAUUAUGAUAAAGUUAUUUGUAAACUAGAGUGAAUUGCUUAGUUUAUCACCUUUUGCCAGUCUCCUCUUAGAUGUUCAAGAGGUUGCAUCUGUCAAUAUUUGCACUAGAAAGGAUAGUUACUCAUAUCCUUGUUCUUCUCUUUGUACAGUCACACCUUUAUUCCUUGUGCCUCCAUUUACCAUUCCAGCCAUCUGAUCUGCAAAGCUGAAUUCCUGUGGGAAGCUAUCAAGCAGCUUGAAGUUGCCAUAUAAAUGUCCUGUGCACCUCAAGUAAAUUUGGGAUGGUAGUAUGUAAGCCAUAAAUAAUAAGUGAAAACUCAUCCUUUAUGCUCCUCUGAGCCAGAUAGGCAGGAAAGAUGCAUAUUACAAGAUCUAUUGUAGAUGUGAAUUUGAGGCUUUUCCAGGGAAGCAGUCGGGCUUGCCUCUUAAAUGUGUGAGGCGAUGGAGGUAAAUUGUCCCUUUUUUUUUUUUUUUGCAAAUAUCCCAGAAGGUGGCAAAUAGUUUUUUUUUUAAUCAUUUUACAACAGCCCAAGAAAGACCCAUCCUCUUAUUUACUGGCAAUCUACAGUGAAAUUCAUGAAUGAACAGGAAUUUGAACCCAGGUCUCUUUAGUCCAAAUCCUAACAUGCUGUAGCCACUGCACCACACAAGUUCCUGGUGACAGCAGAGAAUGCCAGUAUUUUGUUCAACAAAAACACAGUCGAGUGUUCAUUUUUGGUGCUGUAGAUUGUACUAUAAUGAUUGAGAGUAAGGAGACUAUUUUUUAUAUCAUGGCAUCUAAUGAAUUUCAAUAUUUAUCGAUUGUCUAAUUGAAUGUAAGAAGUCAGACUGGAUCAACUCCAACUCUUUGCCAGAGACGAGAGCAUGGUGCUUCUCUUUUGCACUCUUCCCUCAGGUUUCAGGCACUAAUUGAAGAAAGGCUGAUAAAAUUGUCAGUAUUUAGAUAAAAGGGUGGUAUGCUGAUGUCCACUUUUAGAUCCGAAAAACUGAAAUAAUAGGUGGAUCAAUUCACAAUCCAGUAAGGAAAAGUCAAGAAGAAAUGGAGUUUAUGUACAAAAAUGUAGACUUGGGUUAAAUAUUAGGGAAAGUAUCCCAACUAGAAAUGCUGUACAGCUAUAGUCUUAUCUGAGCCUAAAUGUUACCAGUCUUAGUUCUUGAAAAGCUUGGAGGAAUGCAUGUCCUAUUAAAUCAGUCUCUCCCACGUUCCUAUACUUCCUUCUGUGUUUUUUCUCUGGGAAGUAAAUAAAGCAGGUGUUUUUGA